AUGCCUUUCUGUUCGAAUUGUGGGGCGGCUGUGCCGCCUAAUGCUCGCUUCUGCUCGGGCUGUGGCCAAGCCACCGCCGCCGGCGCUGCCCCUGCUCCUUCGUCCCCCGCCUCCUACUCGCCAUCUUCCUCCAGCAACGUGUCAUCCAUUACCGGCGUGGCCCAGCAGGGAGCGUCCGUUUCCAACGCGUACCUGAUGGGAGGCCUGGGCAAGGGCGCUGACGUCAACACCGAGCUGUCCCGCAUCCUGGGCGACACCAGUGCGCCCCAUUCUUGA